AUGAUUUAUUCUAAGAUAAAUCAUGUGCUGGCAAACCAAGUUUGGUUGAGUUUAUUCCCUGAUGCUGAGACUGUGUUUUUGAAUGAGGGGCUGUUUGAUCAUACCCCAGCUGUCCUCACCGUUUAUUCAAAUGUCCCUUGUGGUAGGAAGCCUUUCAAGUAUUUCAAUAUGUGGUCUACACAUCCAGAAUAUUUUGAGAAGGUUAAAGUGACCUGGCAGCAACAAGUUACAGGGACAAAAAUGUAUCGAAUAAUUACUAAGUUGAAGGCUCUAAAGGCAGUAUUCAAGGAGAUCAAUGCUCAAGGCUACUCUGAUAUAACUAGUGCAGAAAUUCAAGCUAGAGAUCACCUAGCUGAAUGUCGAGAUAAGCUUCAGCGUGAACCCUUAAACCCUGUCAUACAUGUCAUGGAGUUGGAAGCUAGAAACAGGUAUGCUAAGGUUCACAAGGAUUAUAUUUCCUUUUUGCAGCAGAAAUCUAAAUUGAAUUGGGCUAGAAAUGGUGAUGAGAAUUCAACAUUAUUUCACAUCAACAUUCGGGAGAGAAGAAGGCACAAUAGAAUUCUCUCUAUUGUUAACUCAAAGGGUGAUCGGGUAGAUGAGCCCAUACAGGUUAUUGAAGCCUUUUUAAGCUUCUACCAGGAACUUCUGGCUUACACAAAAGAAGAGGUUAAGAAAGUGUUCUUUGAAAUACCUGGAAUUAAAGCACCAGGUCCGGAUGGUUAUGGGAGUUUCUUUUUCCAAGAAAACUGGGAUUUAAUUGGAGAUGAAGUUGCCGAAGCCAUCAUUUCUUUCUUAAAGUCUGGGCAGCUCCUUAAAGAGAUAAAUACCACAGUGCUAACACUUGUUCCCAAAACCAAGUGCCCUAAUACAGUGAAGGAUUAUAGACCGAUAGCCUGCUGCAUUGUUAUUUACAAAGCAGCUACGAAACUGAUAUGCUCGAGACUCAAAACAGUCCUCCCUAGUCUUGUCGCUCAAAAUCAAGGAGGUUUUGUUCAAGGUCGUUUCAUAGCGCACAAUAUAAUGAUUUGCCAAGACUUAGUCUGUCAUUAUGAGAGAAAAUCAUCAAAAGCCAGUUGUUUAAUUAAGCUAGAUUUACAAAAGGCUUAUGAUACCAUUGAAUGGAGCUUUAUAGAAGAAAUGUUGUAUGGUUUUCAUUUUCCUGAGCAUUUUAUUCAGCUGGUCAUGACAUGUAUAAGAACACCACGAUUUUCACUCAUGCUCAAUGGGUCGCUGCAUGGCUGUUUUGAAGCCAAAAGAGGGUUGCGACAAGGGGACCCGAUGUCACCUCUUAUUUUUAUAAUGGGAAUGGAGUAUCUCACUAGAAUAAUGCAAAGAGUUGGCCAGAAAUCUGACUUUAUAUUUCAUAACAGGUGCAAAGAACUGAAGUUAAAUCAUCUCAUUUUCACAGAUGAUGUCUUACUGUUUUGCAAUGGUGAUUAUAAGAGCAUCUAUUAUCUACUACAUGGCCUCACACUAUUUUCGCAAACAUCAGGACUGCAGCCUAAUGCUUCGACUUCUGCAAUAUAUUGCAGUGGGAUGAAUUCUAAUGAGGUCCAACGCAUUUUGGAAGCUUCGCGAUUUAGGAAAAGUGAUGUUCCGUUCAGCUAUCUAGGAGUCCCCAUCUGUGCUAAGCGUAUCUCUGCUAAGGAUUGUAGCUUGCUGGUGGAUAAAAUGACUACUAGGAUCAGGUCUUGGAGUACAAGGAACAUCUCAUUUGCAGGUCGGGCAGUCUUGAUUAACUCUGUUCUCCUUGCAAUUCAUUCUUAUUGGAGUCAAAUUAUGCUGCUGCCCAAGAAGUUGAUUAAAGAGAUUAAGGCUAUCUGUCGAGCAUUCUUGUGGACUGGUCAACAAAUGAUGGCUGGAGCAGGGAAAAUAGCUUGGGACAGCAUAUGUAAGCCUAAAGCAGCAGGAGGUAUAGGCUUCAAGAAUAUUUCUGAAUGGAACAAAACAGCUAUGUUCAAGUAUGUAUGGGCUGUAGCGGCUAAAGAAGAUAAUUUGUGGGUUAGAUGGGUGCACAGUGUAUACAUAAAAGAAGGAGAAUGGUGGGAUUACAUUGCCCCAGUACAUGGUAGCUGGUAUUGGAGGAAGGUUGUAGCAAUCAAAGACAAAGUGAAGUCUCUUGUGGACUUAGCUCUGUUUACUCAAGGAAGAUAUAAGAUUGCAGAGGGUUACAAGCUUCUAUGUCCUGUACAUGAUCGGGUCAAUUGGAGCAAGGAAGUUUGGGGGAGAUUGGAUACCCCAAAGCAUAGUUUCACGCUAUGGCUUGCUAUCCAAGACAGGUUGAAGACUAAAGCAAGAUUGUAUCGGUUUAAUGUUCUUUCUGAAACCAGAUGUCAGUUUUGCUCAGUGGCAGAUGAAACAACUACUCACCUAUUCUUUGAUUGUCCAUUUUCUAGUGAGUGUCUCCAACAGAUUAAGAGCUGGGUUCGCUGGGGGAUAUCUUCGUGCCAACUACCUUGCAUUAUGAGGGUGAUUGGAAGAAUGAAGGCAACAAAGUUCAGGAAAAUGGUUCUUUCAGCUAUUAUUGCUGCACUGGUGUAUCAUUUAUGGAGAGCCAGAAAUGAAAGACUUUGGCUAUCUUCCCUUGACAAUCCAAAAAGCAUUGUACAGAAGAUUAAAGCAGCUAGUAAGAUUAGAAUUCAAAGUGUCUGGCCAAAAAAAUUUUCUACGAAGGAUUUAGAAUGUUUACACCCCAAAAAUGGAGUUUUCGGUGGUGGAGUGAGAGGGGGUGCUGAAAAUGGAGAAGAGGAAAAAAAGAAGAAAAAAAGGGGAAAUGAGGAAGAAGGCACGGCUUAUAAGCUCACUCCUUAUUAUGUCUGUGUGCAGGCAAUUGAGGAUAGAAAGGCUGAUAAAUUUAGCACAAUGGAACCAAGUGUUGUUAGAAAAGUUAAUGCGAUAGGAAGAAUAACCGACCCUGAUUGUGAGACUGAGUUCAAAAAGGUGUUUCUCAGAAUUUACCGAACUCACAAGGAGAUAGAAAGGAUUAUUGAUAAAUACGAGAUAUUUAUGGAUAGGUUUGCACGAAAUUUUAGCAUAUUCGAAGAUGUCAUAUUAUUAAAUGGAGAAAUAGGAGAAAAAGUUCAUCAGUUAGCAGAAAACCUUAGGGAAGGAUUUCUUAGUAAUAUUCCUUUCACUUUAAGAUUUAUUUACACCCAAGAUGAUUAUGAGGACUUCACUCAGGACAUGCUAGAAGAUGGAUCCAAUGUUGAAGAUUAG